AUUCAUAUCCAUUACAAUGAAGUUCUGCAUUGCUUUAGUGGUCUUUUGCUUCGCCUUGCUAGGCACGGUGAUGGUCAGUGUGCAGGCGAACCACGAUGAGGACGUGGAGCAGGCGAAGGAAAUGCUUCGUGGACUGGCGGCUGAGUGUAAAACCAAAGAAGGUGCAACGGACGACGAUGUAGAUGGGUUUGUGAACGAUAAGAUGCCCGAUACGCGUACCCAGAAAUGUUUGGCCGGUUGCAUGCAGGAGCAGUUCGGUAUCUCGAACGGGAAAGCGUUCCAGGAGGAUGGAUUCAUCGAAAUCGCAAAGAUGCUCAUGAAGGGGGAUGAGAAAAAGAUCGAACUUGCGCGAGAGAUCGCUACCGACUGCAAGGAUGUAACGAACGAAGAUCGGUGCGAGCUAGCGCUGGACAUUAUGAAUUGUUUGAAGGAUUCGGCCGAAAAGCAUGGCGUUGAGCUUAAGCACUAGGAAAUAGGUUUCUCAUCAAAUCACACCACACAGUAACGAACAACGAUGAACAACAACGACGGUAACUCGAACUAAUGAACAAAAGAAACUGCAUGAGAGUUCCUGAAGUAAACGAUAAAUUAUCCGUACAAAUAUUAAUACAAAUCA